UCAAUUAUAAAUGUUGAAUAUUAUUGACUUCGAUUAUUUUGGUGGGCCGCCGGCUACUUGUGCUCUGCUUUUCCAGGAAAGUCACAUGAAGCGAAUUUAGCUCAAAUUAACAUGCAUUCCUUCUUACUGAGCUGCAACAGCCGAGCUCGAGAACUCACUUUCCUUUUCCAGUCCUCUCGCUAAUGGCUUCCCGGAGCUGCUUCUUCCUCCUUUUACCUCUCCUCCUCCUCAUCACUACUCUUCUAAGUUCAGUCUCAUCCACUGAAUUUGUGUACAACAGAGACUUCAAUUCCACCAACAUCGUCCUCUCCGGCAAUGCCACCAUCCAAAACUCCGUGCUCACUCUUACCAACCAGACCUUCUUCUCGAUAGGACGCGCCUUUUACCCUUACAAAGUACCCAUGAAAUCUCCCAACUCUUCAACCCCUCUUCCCUUUGCAACUUCCUUCAUCUUCUCCGUUGCCACCUGCAAGGGCCUUCCCACUGCUCAUGGCUUCGCUUUUGUGCUCUCGCCUGUAGUGGGCAUCAGUAGGGCAACUUCAGGAAACUAUCUGGGUCUUUUCAAUCGCACCAACGACGGUGAUCCUUCCAACCAUAUUUUCGGUAUUGAAUUCGAUGAUUUUAGAAACGAAGACUUCAAUGAUAUUAAUGAUAAUCACGUGGGUGUUGAUUUGAAUUCGCUUAUUUCCUUGUACUCACAACGUGCUGGGUUCUGGGAUGGAGAUCAAUUCGAGGAGUUGAAACUGGACAGUGGGGACAACUAUCAGGUGUGGAUUGAGUUUCUGGAUUUAAAGCUUAAUGUUACUAUGGCCCCAGCCGGAAAACAAAAACCUCAAAAGCCCUUGAUUAGUAAGCCUGUUAACCUUUCCGAUGUCCUGUUAAAUGAAAUGUAUAUUGGGUUCUCCGGAGCAACAGGACGAAUGGUAGACAUGAGUAGAAUCUUAGCUUGGAGUUUUAGCAAUUCCAAUUUUUCAAUUGGUAAUGCUUUGCUUACAAGACAUUUGCCUUCGUAUGUGCAUCCAAAGGAACUGAUGGUUAGAUCAAAAUGGUUCAUUGUAGGAGUCAUUUUAGGCCCCCUGCUUGUCAUUUUCUGCUGCACGUUUGUGUUCUUGAGUUUUUCUAAAACCAGAAGAAAAGGGAAAGGGGAUGAAGAGAAGAACAUUGAAGAUUGGGAAGUGGAGUAUUGGCCACAUAGAAUUAGCUACCAAGAUAUUCAUGACGCUACAGGGGGAUUCUCUGAAGAAAAUGUGAUCGGGAGUGGAACAAGUGGGACAGUGUAUAAAGGAGUUCUGCAAGGAGUACCAGUGGCAGUGAAGAGAAUCCAUCAUGACACCCAGUACGGGAUGACAGAAUUUCUGGCUGAGAUUUCAAGCCUAGGCAGGAUGAAACACAGGAAUUUGGUAGGUUUCAGAGGCUGGUGUAAAAGAAAAAGAGGAAACUUGAUUCUGGUUUAUGAUUAUAUGGAGAAUGGGAGUUUGGACAAGAGGAUUUUUGAGUGUGAAGAUAGCAUGCUGCUGAGCUGGGAACAGCGUAGAAGUGUUCUACAAAAUGUAGCUUGCGGGAUUCUAUACCUACAUGAGGGUUGGGAAGUUGAGGUCUUACAUAGGGACAUCAAAGCAGGUAACGUGCUUCUUGAUAAGGAUAUGAAUGCUAGAUUGGGGGAUUUUGGGCUAGCCAGAUUGCAUCACCAGGAACAAUUGGCUGACACAACAAGAGUGAUAGGAACUCUGGGGUAUAUGGCACCCGAACUAGUUAAAAUUGGGCGACCAUCAAAAGCCACUGAUGUGUAUAGCUUUGGCAUUCUGGUUUUAGAAGUGCUUUGUGGGCGAAGACCUUUUGUGGCAGAUAAGCCCGCAUUGAUUGACUGGGUAAGGAGCCUGAUGGAGAGAGAUAACUUGUGUAGUGCUCUUGAUGAACGCUUGAAGGCUCAAGGUGGGUUCACCACUGGGGAAGUUCAGAGAUUGCUUCAUCUGGGUUUGAUUUGUUCAAGUUUAGAACCUGCAGUUAGACCAACAAUGAGACAGGUGGUGAAAGCUUUGGAGAAAAUUAGCGACGCUGAGUGUGAUGAAGAGUGUUUUGGCGGGAACUUGCUUGAGAAAAUAAACUCAGCAGCAAUGUGGUCCGUGCAUUCUUCAAAUUCUACCGAAAGAAGUUAUCCAACUUUUGAGGAAAUUAUGCACUCCAAAUAUUAUACCACAACCACUAUUAGCGGUCCUUAUUAUUCCCUCCCACCAUCAGAAGCAGCCUACGUCUCAGAAGGAAGGUGAGAACUUUUUUUAGUCAGGGCCUGAAUUUCCCUUCGUCGUGUUAUGAUCCGAAAGUAUUUAGACCAGGGAAACUUCCUCCUGUUUUGCUUUUCCCCACUUCCCUGUGUGUAAAUAUAUUUUUAAUUCUCAAUUCAAACAAAGAAAGUAUCGAUAAUUUAAUAGCAGUGCUUGGU